CGUCCCGUACGGGCCCGCGCCGCCCCUUCAGCCGGCGACGCCCCGGGUUGCCAGCCCGCCCGCCACCAUGGAGCUGGAGGACGGUGUGGUGUACCAGGAGGAGCCCGGCGGCUCCGGGGCCGUGAUGUCGGAACGAGUGUCCGGCCUGGCCGGCUCCAUCUACCGCGAGUUCGAGCGGCUCAUCGGGCGCUACGACGAGGAGGUGGUCAAGGAGCUGAUGCCGCUGGUGGUGGCCGUGCUGGAGAAUCUGGACUCGGUGUUCGCGCAGGACCAAGAGCACCAGGUGGAGCUGGAGCUCCUGCGGGACGACAACGAGCAGCUCAUCACCCAGUACGAGCGGGAGAAGGCGCUGCGCAAGCAUGCCGAGGAGAAAUUUAUUGAAUUUGAAGACUCUCAAGAACAGGAAAAAAAGGAUUUACAGACCCGAGUGGAGUCUUUAGAAUCUCAAACAAGACAACUUGAACUCAAAGCAAAAAAUUAUGCUGACCAGAUUAGCAGACUUGAAGAAAGAGAAGCAGAACUGAAGAAGGAAUAUAAUGCAUUACAUCAAAGACACACUGAGAUGAUUCAUAAUUAUAUGGAACACUUAGAAAGAACAAAACUUCAUCAGCUCUCAGGGAGUGAUUCACUAGAAUCCACAGCUCACGGUAGAAUCAGGAAAGAACGCCCUAUAUCAUUAGGGAUCUUCCCUUUGCCUGCGGGAGAUGGACUGCUUACACCUGACACUCAGAAAGGAAGUGAGACUCCUGGAUCAGAACAAUGGAAAUUUCAGGAAUUAAGUCAACCACGUUCUCACACCAGUCUAAAGGAUGAACUUUCUGAUGUUAGCCAAGGAGGAUCUAAAGCUACCACUCCAGCCUCCACAGCUGCGUCAGAUGUGGCAGCUAUUCCUAUUGAUAGUCCCUUAAAGGAGGAAAACGAAGGAUUUGUGAAGGCUGCAGAUACCCCAACUAAGUCUGAGAUAAGCAAGCAUAUUGAAGUACAAGUAGCCCAAGAAACUAGAAAUGUAUCAACUGGCUCUGCUGAAAAUGAAGAGAAGUCAGAAGUUCAAGCAAUCAUUGAUUCCACUCCUGAGUUGGAUAUGGAUAAAGAUCUCAGUGGAUAUAAAGGCUCAAGCACUCCUACCAAAGGCAUAGAGAACAAAGCUUUUGAUCGCAAUACCGAAUCUCUCUUUGAAGAACUGUCUUCAGCUGGCUCAGGCCUAAUUGGAGAUGUGGAUGAAGGAGCAGAUUUACUAGGAAUGGGUCGUGAAGUUGAGAAUCUUAUAUUAGAAAAUACACAACUGUUGGAAACCAAAAAUGCUUUGAAUGUGGUGAAGAAUGAUUUGAUAGCAAAAGUAGAUGAACUGACCUGUGAGAAAGAUGUGCUACAAGGGGAACUGGAGGCUGUGAAACAAGCCAAACUGAAGCUAGAGGAAAAGAACAAAGAACUGGAGGAAGAGCUUAGGAAAGCUCGUGCAGAAGCUGAAGAUGCAAGGCAAAAAGCAAAAGAUGAUGAUGAUAGUGACAUUCCCACAGCGCAGAGGAAGCGGUUUACUAGAGUAGAAAUGGCCCGCGUUCUAAUGGAGCGAAACCAAUAUAAAGAGAGACUGAUGGAGCUUCAGGAAGCAGUUCGGUGGACAGAGAUGAUUCGAGCAUCAAGAGAAAAUCCUGCCAUGCAGGAAAAAAAAAGAUCAAGCAUUUGGCAGUUUUUCAGCCGACUUUUCAGCUCCUCAAGCAAUACUACUAAGAAGCCCGAACCACCCGUGAACCUGAAGUAUAAUGCGCCGACCUCUCAUGUUACUCCUUCGGUCAAGAAAAGAAGCAGUACCUUGUCUCAACUCCCAGGAGAUAAAUCCAAAGCCUUUGAUUUCCUGAGUGAAGAAACGGAAGUGAGUUUAGCCUCACGCAGAGAGCAAAAGCGUGAACAGUACCGUCAGGUCAAGGCACAUGUACAGAAGGAAGAUGGCAGAGUGCAGGCUUUUGGCUGGAGUCUGCCUCAGAAGUACAAACAGGUAACUAAUGGUCAAGGGGAAAAUAAGAUGAAAAAUUUACCUGUGCCUGUCUAUCUCAGACCAUUAGAUGAAAAAGAUACAUCUAUGAAAUUAUGGUGUGCUGUUGGCGUCAAUUUGUCUGGAGGGAAGACCAGAGAUGGUGGGUCUGUUGUUGGAGCAAGUGUGUUUUACAAGGAUGUCACUGCUUUGGAUUCCGAAGGAAGUAAACAGCGAAGUGCAUCUCAGAGUAGUUUGGAUAAGUUAGAUCAGGAGCUUAAGGAACAGCAAAAGGAGUUAAAAAAUCAAGAAGAAUUAUCUAGUCUAGUCUGGAUUUGUACCAGCACUCAUUCAGCUACAAAAGUUAUCAUCAUUGAUGCUAUUCAGCCAGGCAACAUCCUAGACAGCUUCACUGUUUGCAACUCUCACGUUCUGUGUAUUGCAAGUGUACCAGGAGCACGAGAAACAGACUAUCCUGCAGGUGAAGAGAUUUCAGAGUCUAGUCAGGUAGACAAAGCAUCUCUAUGUGGAAGCAUGACCAGCAAUAGCUCAGCAGAAACAGCCAGCGUGUUGGGAGGGAUCACAGUGGUUGGUUGUUCCACAGAGGCUGUAACAGGAGCUACUGUUUCACCCACUACCAACGGUGCUUCUCCAGUGACGGAAAACCCACCAGAAAUGGAAACAGAAAAUAGCGAGGUUGAUGAAAAUGUUCCAACAGCAGAAGAAGCAACUGAAGCCACAGAAGGCAACGCAGGGUCAGCUGAAGACACCGUGGACAUCUCCCAAACUGGCGUGUAUACAGAGCAUGUCUUUACAGAUCCUUUGGGAGUUCAAAUCCCAGAAGACCUCUCCCCAGUGUAUCAGUCAAGUAAUGACUCAGAUGUGUAUAAAGAUCAAAUAUCAGUAUUGCCAAAUGAACAAGACCUGGUGCGAGAAGAAGCCCAGAAAAUGAGUAGCCUUUUACCAACCAUGUGGCUUGGGGCUCAGAACGGCUGUCUGUAUGUCCAUUCAUCUGUAGCCCAGUGGAGGAAAUGUCUCCAUUCCAUCAAGCUUAAAGAUUCGAUUCUCAGUAUUGUACACGUGAAAGGAAUUGUGUUGGUGGCACUAGCUGAUGGCACCCUUGCAAUCUUUCACCGAGGGGUCGAUGGGCAGUGGGAUUUGUCAAACUACCACCUGUUAGACCUUGGGCGGCCUCACCAUUCCAUCCGCUGCAUGACUGUGGUACACGACAAAGUCUGGUGUGGCUAUCGGAACAAAAUCUACGUGGUCCAGCCAAAGGCCAUGAAAAUAGAGAAAUCAUUCGAUGCACAUCCCAGGAAGGAGAGCCAAGUACGGCAGCUGGCAUGGGUGGGUGACGGUGUGUGGGUCUCUAUUCGGCUGGAUUCCACACUCCGUCUCUAUCACGCACACACUUAUCAACACCUACAGGAUGUGGACAUUGAGCCUUAUGUAAGCAAAAUGUUAGGUACUGGGAAACUGGGCUUCUCUUUUGUGAGGAUCACAGCUCUUAUGGUGUCUUGCAAUCGUUUGUGGGUGGGGACUGGAAAUGGUGUCAUUAUCUCCAUCCCUUUGACAGAAACCGUAAUCCUCCACCAGGGACGUUUACUGGGGCUGAGGGCGAAUAAAACCUCAGGAGCACCAGGCAGUCGCCCUGGAAGUGUAAUCCGUGUGUACGGUGAUGAGAACAGUGAUAAAGUGACUCCAGGGACAUUUAUUCCCUACUGCUCAAUGGCGCAUGCCCAGCUCUGCUUCCACGGGCACCGGGAUGCCGUGAAGUUCUUUGUGGCGGUCCCUGGUCAAGUCAUCAACCCCCAGAGUGGCAGUAGUGGCACUGAUGUUGCAGCUGACAAAGCCGGGCCAGCCGCACAGGAGCCUGGCACUCAGACACCCUUGAAGUCUAUGCUGGUCAUCAGUGGAGGAGAGGGCUACAUAGACUUCCGCAUGGGUGAUGAAGGUGGAGACUCAGAACUUCUCGGCGAGGACCUUCCACUGGAACCCUCUGUCGUCAAAGCAGAAAGGAGUCACUUGAUAGUGUGGCAAGUGAUGUGCGGCAGUGAGUGAACCCAUGAGAGACCAGGGACUGUGGGACACCGCCGCCUCUUCUGCAUGGUUUACUUUUCCUUUCCCCCUUUAUUUCAUGCUCUUUCUGUGAAAUAAGUUUCACCACAAAAUGUGUGAGCAUUUUCUUCCUGUUAACUUUUAUGACAAAAUCUGUCCUAACAUACCAAUACAAGAGCUCGCUGUCCCACUGCACCAGUGUUAUUGGCACUUCAGUGUAUUAGGAACAAAUCAAAGGGCGUGUACUUUCUGCAAACUGGUGAACUGCAGAAAGCAGUCCAGAUGUGGUUUACUUGGCCACAGUCUAAUGUCACCUGACUUCGUUUGAUGGGGCUACUGUUUAGCUGUCACUAAUAAUGGAAUUAAUGGAAAACACUUGAGAAAUUAAACUGUACCACUAAGUACAAUAGCAAAGGUUUCCCCAGUGUAUUAUGAAAUGAACACAAGUUAAUACCAGCUGGGUUAUCAGGAUUUCUCGAAAUGUCUUGAGAGCUAAAAGCUAACUACAAAUGACUUUACCUCUCACUUUCAAAUCUGAAAAAAAAAAUCUUGUUUAUAUGGUAUAUAAAAUUUUGUUUUCAUCACAUUUUGGGGGGUUUAUAUUAAAGAAAUUAAUUAAGAAAUUAAGACUACACUAUUUACAUAAAAGUUUUGUGUUUC